CUCUCUGUUCUUUAAUCCUGGAACAAUAGUUAGGCUGAUUCAAAAAGCUCUCUACUAUGGUUGGAAUGCUAUAGGAGAGAAUAGCAUAGAAAAAUAGAAACAGCCCUCACUGUUGAAAAGGUAAAUCGUGAGCCAUACCAUAUAAGCAGCAUAUGCAUACCGAGGUAUUUUGAUUGUUUUGUAAUACUUAAUGGAGAUUAUACUAGGUUUAAGAUUUUCUGAUUCAUGGGAGUGCUGAAAGAUUUUCAUUUCUCCUGUAUAACUGGUUUAAAGUCCUUUUUGUGUACAGAGGCGUGUUUGAAAGGGUUAGACUGGUGUUUGAUGGAGGAGUGUGAAUAAAUUAUGUAGAUCUCCCAAGCGCUGUAGCCAAUGAGCUAAGCCAGGACUCUCAGCGGAGAGGAAAAUAGUUAAUAGGCUGGCUGUCGCUCUAGAUUGCUGCAUAAAUGCUAGGAGCAGCAGCUCUAUGGUUGUGCGGUGGGGAGGGGAGAGCAGGAUGACGUCAUCGCUUCGGGGCUGCUGCAGGAUGGAGUGGAAAGCUGCUGCUGAUGGCAUUGUUUUUGUGGCAGCAGCUGAAUGACAGAUCCUCACUACAAAGAUAUCCCUUUGGCCCCCGUGUAGGCCUCCUGGUUCGGGUGUUUCACCAUGCCAGCACAGCGCCAUGAGUCCUGGAUGCAUGCUGCUGUUUGUGUUUGGCUUUGUUGGCGGGGCGGUGGUCAUUAAUUCUGCUAUCUUAGUAUCUCUCUCUGUUUUGCUGCUUGUGCACUUUUCUAUUUCUACCGGUGUGCCAGCUCUGACGCAGAACCUACCAAGGAUACUCAGAAAAGAACGUCCUAUAUCAUUAGGGAUUUUCCCAUUACCUGCUGGAGACGGAUUGCUUACACCAGAUACUCAGAAAGGCGGAGAGACCCCUGGAUCAGAGCAAUGGAAAUUUCAGGAUUUAAGUCAACCACGUUCUCAUGCCAGCCUGAAGGAUGAACUUUCUGAUGUUAGCCAAGGAGGAUCUAAAGCUACCACUCCAGCAUCAACAGCUGCGUCAGAUGUGGCAGUAAUUCCUACGGAUACUCCCUUAAAGGAAGAUAAUGAAGGAUUUGUGAAGGCUGCAGAUACACCAAAUAAGUCAGAGAUAAGCAAGCAUAUUGAAGUACAGGUAGCUCAAGAAACUAGAAAUGUAUCAACAGGUUCUGCUGAAAAUGAAGAGAAGUCAGAAGUUCAAGCAAUCAUUGAAUCCACUCCUGAGUUGGAUAUGGACAAAGAUCUCAGUGGAUAUAAAGGCUCAAGCACUCCCACCAAAGGCAUAGAGAACAAAGCUUUUGAUCGCAAUACAGAAUCUCUCUUUGAAGAACUGUCUUCAGCUGGCUCAGGCCUAAUUGGAGAUGUGGAUGAAGGAGCGGAUUUACUAGGGGAAUAUUCUGACCAUAAUUUCUUUGGAAUGGGUCGUGAAGUUGAGAAUCUUAUAUUAGAAAAUACACAACUGUUGGAAACCAAAAAUGCUCUGAAUGUAGUGAAGAAUGAUUUGAUAGCAAAGGUGGAUGAGCUGACCUGUGAGAAAGAUGUGCUACAAGGGGAGCUGGAGGCUGUGAAACAGGCCAAACUGAAGCUGGAGGAAAAGAACAAGGAGCUGGAGGAAGAGCUUAGGAAAGCUCGCGCAGAAGCUGAAGAUGCACGACAAAAAGCAAAAGACGAUGAUGAUAGUGAUAUUCCCACAGCCCAGAGGAAGCGGUUUACUAGAGUAGAAAUGGCCCGUGUUCUAAUGGAGAGAAACCAGUAUAAAGAGAGAUUGAUGGAGCUUCAGGAAGCUGUUCGAUGGACAGAGAUGAUUCGUGCAUCAAGAGAAAAUCCAGCCAUGCAGGAAAAAAAAAGGUCAAGCAUUUGGCAGUUUUUCAGCCGACUUUUUAGCUCCUCAAGUAAUACUGCUAAGAAACCUGAACCACCUGUUAAUUUGAAGUACAAUGCACCCACCUCUCAUGUUACUCCUUCUGUCAAGAAAAGAAGCAGCACCCUAUCUCAGCUCCCUGGGGAUAAGUCCAAAGCCUUUGAUUUCCUUAGCGAAGAAACUGAAGCUAGUUUAGCCUCACGCAGAGAACAGAAGAGAGAACAGUAUCGCCAGGUAAAGGCACACGUCCAGAAGGAAGAUGGCAGAGUGCAGGCUUUUGGCUGGAGUCUGCCUCAAAAGUACAAACAGGUAACCAAUGGCCAAGGGGAAAAUAAGAUGAAAAAUCUACCUGUGCCUGUCUAUCUCAGACCCCUAGAUGAAAAAGAUACAUCCAUGAAGCUGUGGUGUGCUGUUGGAGUCAACUUAUCAGGUGGGAAGACCAGAGACGGUGGUUCUGUUGUUGGAGCAAGUGUCUUUUACAAAGAUGUUGCUGGUUUGGAUACAGAAGGCAGUAAACAGCGAAGUGCAUCACAGAGUAGUUUAGACAAGUUAGACCAGGAACUUAAGGAACAACAGAAGGAGUUAAAAAAUCAAGAAGAAUUAUCCAGUCUAGUCUGGAUCUGUACCAGCACUCAUUCAGCUACAAAAGUAAUCAUUAUUGAUGCUGUUCAACCAGGCAACAUCCUAGACAGUUUUACUGUGUGUAACUCUCAUGUUCUCUGUAUAGCCAGUGUACCAGGAGCCAGAGAAACAGACUACCCUGCGGGAGAGGAGCUUUCAGAAUCUGGACAGGUAGACAAAGCGUCUCUGUGUGGCAGCGUGACCAGCAACAGCUCAGCAGAGACAGACAGCCUUUUGGGGGGCAUCACCGUAGUUGGUUGUUCUACAGAAGGUGUGACAGCAGCCGCCACUUCCCCUAGUACCAACGGUGCUUCUCCAGUGAUGGAAAAACCACCAGAAAAGGAAGCAGAAAAUAGUGAGGUUGAUGAGAACGUUCCAACAGCAGAAGAAGCUACGGAGGCUACAGAAGGCAAUGCAGGGACAGCUGAAGACACCGCGGACGCCUCCCAGCCCGGCGUCUACACAGAGCAUGUCUUCACGGACCCUCUGGGGGUUCAAAUCCCAGAGGACCUCUCGCCUGUGUAUCAGUCAAGUAAUGACUCAGAUGCGUAUAAAGAUCAGAUGUCAGUAUUGCCAAAUGAACAAGACCUGGUAAGAGAAGAAGCCCAGAAAAUGAGUAGCCUUUUACCAACUAUGUGGCUUGGAGCUCAGAACGGCUGUCUGUAUGUGCACUCUUCUGUAGCCCAGUGGAGAGGAUGCCUCCAUUCCAUUAAACUUAAAGAUUCGAUUCUCAGUAUUGUACAUGUGAAAGGGAUUGUGUUAGUGGCCCUGGCUGACGGCACCCUCGCAAUCUUUCACAGAGGAGCUGAUGGGCAGUGGGAUUUGUCAAACUACCACCUGUUGGACCUUGGACGGCCUCACCAUUCUAUUCGGUGCAUGACUGUGGUCCAUGACAAAGUCUGGUGUGGCUACAGGAACAAAAUCUAUGUGGUUCAGCCAAAGGCUAUGAAAAUAGAGAAAUCAUUUGACGCGCACCCCAGGAAGGAGAGCCAGGUGCGGCAGCUUGCGUGGGUGGGGGACGGAGUGUGGGUCUCCAUUCGUUUGGAUUCCACGCUCCGUCUCUAUCAUGCACAUACUUAUCAACACCUACAGGAUGUGGACAUUGAGCCUUAUGUAAGCAAAAUGUUAGGUACUGGAAAACUGGGCUUCUCGUUUGUGAGGAUCACAGCUCUUAUGGUGUCUUGCAAUCGUUUGUGGGUGGGGACAGGAAAUGGUGUCAUUAUCUCCAUCCCAUUGACAGAAACCGUAAUCCUCCACCAGGGACGCUUACUGGGGCUGAGGGCAAAUAAAACCUCAGGAGCACCAGGAAAUCGUCCUGGAAGUGUAAUCCGCGUAUAUGGUGAUGAAAACAGCGAUAAAGUGACUCCAGGGACAUUUAUACCCUAUUGUUCAAUGGCACAUGCCCAGCUUUGCUUCCACGGGCACCGGGACGCAGUGAAAUUCUUUGUGGCCGUCCCAGGUCAAGUCGUCAGUCCACAAAGUGGCAGCGGUGGCACAGAUCUAACAGGUGACAGAGCAGGGCCAUCUGCACAGGAGCCUGGCAGCCAGACGCCCUUGAAGUCUAUGCUCGUCAUCAGUGGAGGAGAGGGCUACAUUGACUUCCGAAUGGGUGAUGAAGGUGGAGAAUCAGAACUUCUUGGAGAGGAUCUUCCACUUGAACCUUCUGUCGCCAAAGCAGAAAGGAGUCACCUGAUAGUGUGGCAAGUGCUGUAUGGCAAUGAGUGAGCACAUAGGAAACCGGUGGAGACAGGGAAGCUGUCUCUUCUGCAUGGUUUAUUUUCCCUUUCCCCUUAAUUUAAUGCUCUCUUUGUGAAAUCAGUUUCACCACAUCAUGUGUGAGCAUUCUUUUUUCCUGUUAACUUUCUAUCACAAGACCUGUCCUUCCCGUAACAAUACAGGAACUAGCUGUUUUACUGCACCAGUGUUCCAGGCGAUUUCAGUACGUUAUGAACAAAUCAAAGAAUGUUUACUCUCUGCAAACUGAAUUCUAGGAAGCAAUCCAGAUGUGGUUCACUCUGCCACAGCUGAUGUCACUCACUUCGUUUGAUGGGGUCACUUUUGAGCUGUCGCUAAUAAUGGAAUCCAUGGGAACACUUGAUAAGUGGAACUACACCAUUUGGUACAAUUAUAGUCUUCCCCGUGUAUUAUAAAAUUGACACAAACUAGUAUCAGGUGGGUUAUCAGGAGGUCUCUAAGUGUCCCAGGGGGCUAAAAGCUAAUUGUAAAUUACUUUCACUUUCAAAUCUGACAAAUCUUGUUUAUAUAUGGUAUAUAAAACCUUGUUUUCAUCAGAUUUGGGGGGGGUUUUAUAUUGAAGAAAUUAAGACUACACUAUUUAAAUAAAAGAUUCCUGUUUCUGACUUAUUAGAGCUCUACAGUUUAUGAGGCCUGCUCUCUGGAUAUUGUGAUGAUGAUUCUUUCUGAGACUAGUCUCCCUCGUUUUCAUACUGACAUGUCGGAGAGGGUUAUCGUUGAUACAGCUCAGAAGAUCGCUUCAGCAGUGGGAGGAUUUGUCUUUGAGGAAAUUGUGUUUUGGGUUCCUGUAUCAAUGGAUGGUGGUGGUUGGUGAAGGUUUCUCCAGGUAAAACAUUCACCUGUUCACCAGUGGUGCUGGGACUGCUCUUGCCGGUUCACAAGAGUAAAGCAGCAGCCGUGAUACAGUGGCCUGUGAACUGAAGGAGGGAUUUGAUUAGAAACAGUAUUUUCUCUGGUUCUGUGUAGAACUACAGAACAACUAGCACUUGAUAUUUUGUAUGUAAGUGACACCUUGAAGCUUUUGUGCCCUUUUGAGAUGAAAAUGCCACCAGCAAAGAGGAAGGCGAUGAAGGGGAAGAAGACAAGGCCAAGAUACCGUAAAGCGAGAGUUGACAUGUUUAUCUUUUUACUCAUGACACCCAUUUCAAAAGCUGAGUCCGGGUUUCACGGAUUUUCUUGUUUAAUAAGUUUUCAAAGACCAUCACGCUGCAGUUCUCCCCCUCUCGAGCUUCUUGAAAAAAUGCGUGAUUUACCAUUUCUUUAAGCAAAGCUAAAUAGAAAUUUAAGUGUUAUUUUAAAAAUAUAAACCUGUUGAAUAAGGGCCCCCGAUCCCCAGAAGGAGUGCUUGAAGGAAAAGUAACCAAACACGGGACUCAGAGUGUAAGUGGUCUGAAGCACCGGGUGUUGGCUGUUUCUGAGCUGCCACGCAGAGGUAUUUGUAAAAAGCGUGUCGCUGUCCUCAAGCAUCUAUGUGAUUCAGCUAAUUGAUAAAUACGUGGGAUUUAAUGAGCCGGAGGCAGCCUUUGGAUCCACUGGGCCACGAUGUGUCUGUGAGCACAUCGUGUACACGGUGAAGCGGUGGCCACCAGAAAGGAACCCCCUUUGGCAAAAGCUGUGGUGAAAGGCUGAUUUUUUUGCUCGAGAUACUUAGUCACUUUUUCAAGGCACCAAAACUUAGGCCCCCUUUUCAUAGCGUUCAGCUGUAUUUUUAUUUUAAAUCUGAGCCACUUUGGGCACUACCUAAAAAAAUCCCCACGUCGUCACAACAUUUUUGGGGAGGAAUUGUUGUAUAAUUUCACAAAAAGGAGACACCAAAGUGUUUGGGAAUUUUAAUCUCAAGAAAUAAACAUCCCAGAGUCAGACCCCACUUGCUGUUCAGUUUGUACACGUUUGUGUGAUCAAAUGUAAUUUAGGAAAUCAGGAGUUAAAAGAUGAAAAAUGCGUACAUGUUCCAGUGGUUCUAAUUGUUCUUACUGGCUUUAGUGUAGGGGUGUAGCUAUUUUAUCUAAAGCCGUCAGAUUAUCUGUGGCCCUGUUCAUUAACAUCAGGGACUAGAGAGAGUACAGAAAUGCUUGUACAAUUUGUUUUAAGGGCUUGUCCUUAUAUAAUUGUAAUAUCGUUUAAGUAUCUUCUGCAGAUCACUUUACUUUCCUCCCCCUCCCUUUCCCCAACAAUAGGUUUAUAUUCUUGUAACGUUCACUUUGGUCAAGGUGGUAACAUUCACUUUGGUAAGAACCAAAAUGUAAGCUUCUUGCGAGCUUACAGGGAAGCGUUGGUGCACACUGCCUAUAGCUUCCAACUCGAGGGUAGAGAAGAGGCUCGAAUACCUCGGGUUGGUCUCUCCAUGUAAAAAAUACAUGUAUUGCCCCUGUUGGAAGAAAUAAGGGAUACCCGAGAAUUUUCUCAUUUUGUUAUGCGUGGGUUAUGUAUGAGGUUGAACCAUGUGAAGUUGGCCGACGCUCGACCGUUGCUAAUCUACACAAAUGUCAGUAUCACAUACCCCAACCCGAUGCUUACUAUGAAAUGCAGGUUAAAAUCCCUGGGAGGCAAAGGGAGAAUGUUCUUGAAGAACUACACCAUUUUGAGAGUGUUUGUCUCCAACCUGUGUGGAUCUACAUUUUUUAAACAGGAAGGGAUAUCUUAAUAGAUGCAGCUUGUUGAGAGUGUAAAACAUUUUGAGCACAAAGUAUGCAGCACAUAACUUUUCAAAUGAAGUGUGUUUGCAUAGAAAAGAUGAAAAUACAUUCUCUCAGUUGCUGUAUUGUUCAUUUCUUGUAAAGGUCUUACUACAUUUGAGAAUAGACCCUUUAACAUAGGCUGCCUUAGUAACAAAACAAAGCAAAACAAUUGUCUCAUAAUAUUAACUGUCCUAAAGAAUGUGCGUCUUUCUUGCAAAUGCUGUGGAACUGAAUAUUUAUUUCCUUGUGAGUAUUAUGACCGUUACCAAAGGACUCCACCAGAUUUAGGGCUCUUCUUAAUUGAUCAUGUUGAGAAAGGGACUCGUUUGGCCCCCGUUUGUAACAUGGGAAGAGUAGAGAAGAGAGAAUUAAAUGUGGAAAUCAUCAGUGCUUUUCUAACAGGGUGACGCUGUUUUGUAACACUAAAUGUCUUCUUCUUUCUCUUAAAAAAUUAAGUUUUUAUUAUUAAUUUUGUCGUACAUUUCUCAAUAUAUUUGAAUAUAUUUUAACCAUUUUAUGUUCUGAAUUUGUUUUUUUGUCCUAGACAUUUUAUCCAGACUUUUACUGGCCUCUAUAAUCUGAGAAAUGGGUUCUAGAGUGUCCCACUUGUUGUCUCUUAGAGGCUGAGGCUUCAUUUCUAUGAGCAAAAAGCUCACUUAGCAAUGUAGUUAUUUCGGUAUUUAUUUCUAUUAUGGAAUCCCUGGGGUUCGGAAUGUAACUUUGUACAUGAAAUAUAUAUAAAUAUGUAUAUGAAACACG